AUGCAGUGUCGCAAGGUUGAACCGAAUGUGAUAAUGAAUUCGGCGAGAUUAGUUCAACGCCCUAAUGAGACCAAUAAACUGGAGGAGGAGAUAGUUCAUGUAAUAAAGAGUCCAGAAAAAAAGAGUCCUCAUAAUGGUAAAUCACUCAAACGUACUUCUUCUGGUCCAAUCAUAAAUUUACAACAAUAGAUAAUAAUACAUCAAAAUGCUCCUACAAAAGACUCAUAGGUUUUAUUGAAAUUCAAGAAUCAAAUGAAGAAAAAGAAAAAGAAGAAGAAGCUUUAAAAGAAAAAGAAAAUAUAAACGAUAGAUAAUAAGGGAUCAGAAAUUAGAGUAGAAUAGCUACUUAAAUAAAACUUAAGGAGACACUAAAGGGAAAAACAAGAAUUAAUGAUAUAAGAAGAGAUACAAAAGUAAAGGGUAGUUAGUUUUAAUGAAAUGAGAAAAAUUAUGGAUUAAUAAAUAAGAUAAAUAAAUUAGCAAAGAUUUGCUAGAUCAAAAUCUCCACCAUCAUCCAUGUUACCAUGGGGAGUUGAUUAAAAUAAACUUAAACAAUAUUGGACAAAAAUGUUGGAAAUCCAUGAUAAAUUAGAGAAGCCCUAACAAGUUAAUCAAACAGCCACAGAACAUGCUAUCAAAGAAAAAAUUAGAAGGCAUAAAUUGGGAUUAGAUUUUCUGAAUGCAAAACCAGAAAGAGAUAUUUAAAAGAUGAUAUAAAGUAAAAUUCAAUUGAAAAUUUUAGAAUAAAAAUCUAAAUAGGUCUUAGAAACUAUUUCAUCUCCUCAAAAACAUAAAAGUAGUUGUGAUAAUAAAGAUGCCGAAUAAGAUGUUAAAUUGUAUAUGAUGUAUAAGAGAGAAUUAUGGAGACAACAAAAAAUUGAAGAGUAUCUAAUUUAUUAUUUAUGUAGGAAAUAAUUAUAAAAAUUAAAAAAGGAGAAGUUGCAAUAAAAUCUGUAAAUUCUGGAUUAAGAAGCCAAACUAUUUGCUAAAUCCAGAAAUGCUUCAGUUAAGUCAAAUUUAACAGCCUAAGCAGCCUCUUAUCACGCAUAAUAGUCAUCUCAGCAUUUUAGAACUUCUGAACCUCCUAAUUUUAACAAAUUAGAAAAAGAGUAUAAGGAACUCAUGAGAUCUCUCAGAUAAUCAAGCUAUAGCAGUACUUAAUCUCAUUCAAGAAAAACAAGUUAAUUGAAAUUUCUAGAUUGGUUAUAACAUUUACCUGAAUCUUAUCUCUAAGAGCAGCUCUCUCAAAUGUAAGCGAUAAAUGAACAAAUGAAUAAUAAAGGAUUUCAAUAUAAAUUAAGCGAAUAAGAAAUGUAUCAAUUUUUAGAACAAUUCCUAAAAGAAAAGUUUGAAUAACAAACUAAAUCUACUAUUAAAGACCGAUUUAAUGAAUUAUAAGAAAGAUUUUAAUAGGUUUCUUAAUAACAACUGUCAAAUAGCUAACAAUUAUCUCAACUAUAAAAUAUAACUCACCAGAGUCAUUAGAGUAACAAAAGUCAAAAUUAAAAAGUAUCUACUUCCCCUAAAGAAUACACCAUAAAUGAAAUGAACGAAGAGGAAUUAGAAGAAAUUUAAAACGUGGCUGCAACUAUUAUAUAAAAGGUUUGGAGAGGUUUUAAAACUAGGAAAGUAGUUUUUUAAUAUCUUCAAUAUUUAAUAUAAGAGGAAGAAUUCGAAGAAAAUACUGAAGGGCCAACGUUGUCAUAGAAAUUUGAAGGAUUAUCUUAAGAGGAAGAAGUAAAGUCUUUAAAUUAAAUAACUGAUUCAGAAAGAAGACUAAAUCCUCUUGAUUUACAUUACAAAAGUUCUUCAUUUCCUAAAUUUUAAGGUCAAGCACCACCUCCUUCAGAGUCUUUAUAAUAAUCUUCGCAAUAGCAUUCAAGCCCUAGAGGAAAUACAAGUAUACCUCCUUUAAAUUUGGAUUCAUUCUCCUAAUAGUAAUCAUCUCCUUAAAAGUCAGUUUAAUAAUAAUAGCAAUCAACAUCACAAUAACAACUGCAAUAGUAAUAAUAGUAAUAAUAGUAGUAAUAGUAAUAAUAGUAAUAAUAGUAAUAGUAGUAAAAGUAAUAAUUGUAAUAAUUGUAAUAAUAGUAAUAAUAAUAGUAAUAGUAGUAAAAGUAAUAAUUGUAAUAAUAGUAAUAAUAGUAAUAAUAGUAAUAAUAAUAAUAGUAAUAAUAAUAAUAAUUACAACAACAAUAAUUAUAGUAACACUAAUAGGAAUAGUAAUAAUAAUAAUAAAAACAAGAUUAAUAGUUAUUAUCAGAAUCAUAAAUUUAAGAACAAGAAAUGAAUUAGAAUUCAACACCAUAAAAAAGUAUACAUUUAUAUCAUGGAGUGAAUUCUGAUCCUGAAUACUUUAUGUAAGUUAUAAAAUUAAGGGAAGAAGCGCUUUAAUAGAAGUAUGACUAAUAACUAGCAUUGUUAGAAAAAAUGCUUGACAAAAAAAAAGUUUCAAACGAUUUAUUUUCUGAAAAUAAAGAAAAAUUGGAUAAAAGAUACAGAAGGGAGAGAGAUAAAUUAUAAUAAUCAAAAAUAGAAGUAGAAAGAUUACAUCAAAUGUUUAAAGAUACAAUAAAAUCAACACAAAAAGAUCAAUAAUUUAUGGAAAGAAUGAAAAUCUAAACUGAUGAAGAGAAUUUAUCUAUUAGGUAAAUAUUUUCGAUUCGUUCAGAAACAGAAUAGUCAGAUGGAGAAAUAGAAAAAAGAUCUAUUCCACAUUAUGGAUUAUUAUAAUAAAUAAAGAAUGAUUAAUUUAAGAAAUACUCCAAAAAUAGAAAAUAAGUGAGAAGUUUUGAUUAGCAAGUAAGUUUAGAUGAAAUUUCGAUGAAAAAUGAAGAAAUUCAAACAAGCACAAUAUUUAAUGUUCACACAGAAUCAAUAAAUCAUUCAUUACAUAAAUCCUAAUAACUGCCAUCCACACUUUAAUAAUCUGUACCCUCUUAAGAAUUGGUAUAAAUUGAAACUGUUGAGAGUCCUGAGAAUAAAGUUAUUGAAAAAAAAGAUGAUUUUAAGAAUUCAAUAAUUCCUUUUGAUGAUAGAAAAAUUGAUAAUCUAACUGAAAAUAUAGUUUAAAACAUCAUUUCAGAAUUUGCUGAAGAGUUGAAUAAUUUUCCCUUAUAAUCUCUUGGUGUAUUAAUGGAAUGGGAUGAAGAAUCUCAAUUAGACUAACAAUUUCCUCCUGGAUUUCCAACUACACUUAAUUUUAUAAAGGAUUAUCUUGUUUCAUUUAGUGAAUUUAUUUAAAAACAUUACCUUGCUAUUUUCAUUCAGUUAGUAAAUACUCCAUUGGGAAUCACACCCUAAGAUCUAUUGAAGACAAUCUCCCUUAGUGAUAUGUAAUAAAAUGCCCUAGAUGACUCAACAUCAGGACCUUUGUAUCCAUUGAUUAAGCACAUUCAUCAAAUGGAACCCUUAAUUGAUGAAGAGAUUUGGAAUAAAUUUAAUUAAUCUUAUGCUCUCAAAUUAAAAUACUUUAACGAUAUAAAUAUAAGUGAUUAAUUCAAGGAACUUGAAAUUUACCAUUUAAGAAUGAUCUAUGAAGCUUUUAAUGAGGCUAUAAAUUAUGUAAGACCAUUCGGAAUCAGAGGGUAACCUUAUCCAUGGAAAUCGAAUCCUUUAAAAGUCUAUUAAAACUAAACGACUUAAGAAUCAAUUGAUAGAGCCAUGGGAUUUGCAAUUGCCAAAAUGUUGAAAUGGGGUUCUUUUUUAUGCGGAUUCAUUCCUGAAAAAAUUGAGACACCUUAAGGUGAAAUUAUUGUGAUAGAGGAUGACUACUUGAAUUAAAUCAAAGAAGAUAGAUUAUAGCAAAUGUUAGAAUAUGAGAUUCAAGAAUCCGAAGAAAAAUGGUUAAAUUAUGAUGAAGAGUAAGCCGAAGUGGCAGUUGAAUUAGCGGAUGUUGUUUUUGAAACUAUGUUGGAUGAAGCGGCUGAAGAGAUAUUCAAGAUUUCUUAAGGAGGAAAGUACUAAAUAAAAGAUUUUCAAUAAUGA